AUGGGCAUCCAGGCAGAGCGAAAACAUGCGGUCUGCCCGACUGCAAUCAAAACAUAUAAUUACCAGCGGAUCUGGCACUGUGCCUUGCCACCAAUGAAGUUUUUGCACCCAGCAAAGUUAGUUCUUGUGGCACUGCUUGUCGCCCUUGCGCUCGCCCUGGAACCAGCCGCGCAAGCUGAUUCGGCCCAACUACAAGAGCAAGCACCACAACCGGUCGAGGCAAACCAGCACGGACAGAAAGAACAGCCGAGGUCUGUCGACAGUCAUGCCGAAUUCAGUCAGGCCGAAUUGUCCAGUGUGGAAUUUUCCAGUCAGGACCUUUCCAGUCAGGACCUUUCCAGUCUGGACCUUUCCAGUCAGGCGGCCGACGCUUUUCGCGCCGCGUCGCAGCUCCAUGCGCUCUCGCGCGACCCCGAGCCCGACGGCCAGACGUAUCUCAUCCGGGGCCUCGAGGACUUCCGCCACAAGAGCGUGGCCGAGUUGCUCCGCAACAAGGAAAACAGCUUCCGCAUCAGCAAAACGUCUCGCAUCGUCUACUACGACACCGACGCCGACACGUGGUAUCUCCACCAUUUUCUCCGGCGCAAUCGCACCGUUUCUUCUCUGGCUCCAGACACGCCCGUCCGCGUGCCCGUGUCGUCGUGUAUCGACAUGACGCAGAGCCUGGGCGGCUACAUCUCGCCCAACGUGGAGGUGACGGUUUCGGUGAGCCGCGGGCUUCUGAUUCUGGCCGGUCUCGGCGGCUUGGUCGACACAAACACCGGCGCCGCGUUGGCGCAGGCGGUGUCGUUUUCGGGCGCCGUCACCUGCAACGUUCCCGGCGGCCACUAUGCGCAGAUGUUUGUGCGGCCCUACUACCACGAGGUGCCGCGCGGGCGCCGGGUGCCGGUGCAGUACCACCGCAAGGUCGGCCUAGUGGAGAGCGGCGAGUGGGAGGAGACGGAGCCGUUCCGCGAGUUGGUGGUGCGCGCGCCCUUGGUCGAAUGUGCGGUGGGCGGGCGCGAGGUGUGCGCGCAGUGA